UUUGUCAAUUUUUUUAGUCUAAUGGCCGAUUGGCCGGGUGAUGAAUUUCUGUGUUGAUUGAACCACUCCCAAUAGAUAUUUUUGUGUUUGGAAUAUCGCAUUUUCUAAUUCAAAAAUGGCGGUAAAUGUUUAUUCAACGAAUGUCACAUCUGAAAAUCUGUCACGCCAUGACAUGUUGGCAUGGGUGAACGAAUGCUUACAAAGUAGUUUUGGUAAAAUUGAAGAAUUAUGUACUGGCGCAGCCUAUUGUCAGUUCAUGGAUAUGUUAUUUCCUGGAUCUGUCCAACUCAAAAGAGUCAAGUUCAAAACAAACUUAGAACAUGAAUAUAUUCAGAAUUUCAAAAUAUUACAGGCUAGCUUUAAAAAGAUGUCGGUAGAUAAGAUAGUGCCAAUAGACAAGUUGGUGAAGGGUAGAUUCCAGGACAACUUUGAGUUCUUGCAAUGGUUCAAGAAAUUCUUUGAUGCGAAUUACCGGGGAACUGAAUACGAUGCCCUGGGAGCACGAGGUGGCGAAGGAAUGGGAGCCGGUGGCGCCAAUGCCCCUAAAGGAAAUUCUCUGAUGGCCAGGAAACCAGUCGCUGCUCAACCCCCAUCACCAGCAAAGUCAAAACCAAUCGGUCGAGCUAUGCCCAAAGUAAAUACAGUCCGACCAACUGCUUCUAAACCAGUACCAAAUAGAAUGGCUGGAGAUAACGGAAAGAUGGAAGAAUUAACAAAUCAAAUUUCUGAGUUCAAGAUAACAGUUGAAGGUUUAGAAAAAGAGAGAGAUUUUUAUUUUGGAAAGCUUAGAGAUAUAGAAGUAAUGUGUCAAGAAUGUGAAGACGGAAAUCCUAUUAUUCAAAAGAUAUUAGAAGUUUUAUAUGCUACUGAGUCUUCAAAUUUUCAGGAGGGCUUUGCUCCGCCGGACGAGAUAGAAGGCGGUGUUGGUGACGAAGACGAAUACUAAGCAAAUUUAUCGCCUUUUAAAUCAAAAUCGCCUUAAGUUAUGGAAUUUUUAUAACUUGUA